AUGGCAGAGAAAGCUCUCCUCCUGGAAUCACAGGGUCUGCAACACCUGCCUUACCAGGCCAAGAAUUUCCUCAAUCCAGAAGAUCUACUUAAAGGAGAAACAGAAGAAAGUCUGAAUAAAGUUCAGGAAGCUUUUAAUGUUUUUGACUAUUUUAAACAAAUUUUUGAAGAAAGAAGAGAAAAUCUUAACAAUUAUUUUCAGCCAGGACAAGAAGUAAAGCAAUGGGAUUUUCCUCCUGUCAUGGUUUUUGCACAACUGAAUAAUUUCCUAGAAAGACUUCACGUAGUACAUGAUCUUCUGAUGACAGUUCUGGACAUAGAGAAAUUGGAGAAGCUGGAAUUUAGUGGCAUAAAAGGCAAAUCUCUGAGUCAGCAAGUCCUGAGUAUGCAUGAAGAAUUCCAGGAAAUGUAUAAAGUAUUUUCAGACCGGACGUAUGACUGUCUGGAUGUGGCUAAUAUGGAGUUUGAAAAUGAUGUGUGUGACUUUAAGAGCAAAAUGGAAGAUAUUGAUCGGCGGUUGGGGACUCUCUUUGGCCAAGCCUUUGAUGAUGCAGCUAGUGUGGACCAUGCAUUCAAGCUGAUAGACAUUUUUGGAAGCCUCCUGGAUCGACCAAUGAUAGCAGCAGAAACCUAUGAUAAAUAUAAUUUUCUCAUCACAAUGUUCGACAAAGACCUUGACGAUGCUAAGUUGAUCUACCUGAAACAUACUGAGGAGGAGACAGACAUAGGGUAUUCACCAGUGCAUAAGAAUAUGCCUUUGGUGGCUGGAGGGGUUCAGUGGGCUCAGGAACUAAAACAUAGGAUCAAAAUCCCAUUUAGUAAUUUCAGAUACCUCAAUUAUUGUUCCUUGGAUUCUAUGGAAGGUAAAAAAAUGGUGCAAAAGUAUGAAGAUUUGAUCCAGUUAUUAGAAAGAUAUCAAGAGAAGCUGUAUGAAGAAUGGUUCCAGACUGUCUCUGUGAAAGCUCAGUAUAACCUCACUCAACCACUUAUCCAACGAGAUCCAGAGAGUAAACUGAUUACUGUCAAUUUUGACCCUCAGCUGGUGUCCGUUCUAAGAGAAGUGAGCUACCUUGGAGAAGAUCAGAUUGGGAAGAUCCCAGAAACAGCAGCAGAAUUAUAUUCUUCUAGGGAAUCCUUCAGGCAAUUAGUGGCCAACUUGGAUUUAAUGGUUACUUGGUACAACAAAAUAUUGUGCACUGUCCUGGAGGUGGAAUAUCCACUCAUAGAGAGUCAGCUGCAUGAAAUUGAUAUUCAGCUGAAAGAAGCAGAAGAAACAUUGAAUUGGAAAACAAAAGGCCUUUGGGAUCACAUUUCACACAUGGUUAACAGUGUUCGAAAUCUUGAGCAAAAGAUCCAGAAAACCAAAGACAACAUCGAGGAAAUUCAGAAUAUUAUGAAAUCUUGGGUCUUUCCAGUUUUUGAAAGAAAAGAUGGGAAAAAAGAAUCUCUGCUAUACUUGGAUAAUCAGCAUGAGCGACUGAACAAACACUAUCAGCUCAUUACAGAUUCAGGCCAUAAGAUUCAUUUUCUGAUUAAGGAAAAUUUAAGACUCUUUGAAGCAGAUCCAUCUUCUGAUGUAUGGAAAGCUUACUUGGAGCAUAUAGAUGAGAUCAUUCUGGAUGGAUUCUUUAAUGUCAUUGAAUGUUCGCUUAAAUACCUUUUGGAAAAUACAGAUUCCAAGGCAGUCCAUGCUCCACUUUUCAAAGUGCAGCUGGAGUUAUCCGUCCCAGAGAUGAUAUUUCGUCCUUCUUCGGAUGCUGGUGCCAGCGAUAGUUUCUAUGAUAUCAUUGAAGGGCUUGUCAAUAAGAUCUACCGGGUCUCUUCCCUGGUACCAAGGCUUGCAGAUCACUGCACAUUUCCUCAUUAUCAGGCUGACAUGGAGGAGAUGUCUGACCUUGCUGACAUGCGCCAAAGCUUAAUGGGGCGUGUCCAGAAGAUGAUCUCAGCUUGUUGUGACUAUCGCAAUUCCUUUGACCACUACUCCUAUCUCUAUGUGGAUGACAGAAAGGAAUUCUUACGUCAGUUCCUCUUAUAUGGCCACGUGCUCACUGCAGAGGAGAUAGAAGUCCAUGCGGAGGAAGGAGUCCCAGAGACCCCUCCAACACUUCAGCAGUUCAGAGAACAAAUAGACUCUUAUGAAAGGGUCUACGAAGAAGUGAGUCACCUCGAACCAGUCUGUGUACUUGACGGCUGGAUGAAAGUGGAUGCCCGUCCCUUCAAAGCAUCUCUUCUGGGUGUAAUUAAAAAAUGGAGUUUCAUGUUCAAGCAGCAUCUCAUUGAUCACGUGACCCACAGUUUGUCUGACCUUGAGGAAUUUGCAAAGAUUGCUGAGAAAGGUUUGAACAAACAGUUGGAGAAAGGAGAUUAUGAAGGUUUGGUAGAAGUUAUGGGUCAACUGAUGGCUGUUAAAGAUAGACAGUCCAGCACUGAUGAGAUGUUUGAGCCCUUGAAACAAACUAUUGAAUUAUUGAAGAAUUAUGAGCAAGAAUUGCCUGGGGAUGUCUAUAGGCAACUGGAGGAACUGCCAGAAAAAUGGAACAAUGUGAAGAAGUUGGCCAUAAAUAUGAAACAGCAGGUGGCUCCCUUGCAGGCAAAUGAAGUGGCCAUACUUCGCAGGAAGUGUGCUCUGUUUGAUGUGCAGCAGAAUAAAUUCAGAGAAACAUUUCACCAAGAGGCGCCUUUCAGAUUUGAUGCAACAAACCCUUAUGAAAUGCUAGAUGCAUCCCAUGCAGAGCUACAGCAAAUGGAACAUACCAUGACCUCAAUUUAUAAAUCAGGAGAUUUAUUUGAAGUCAAUGUUCCAGACUACAAGCAGCUCAAGCAGUGCCGAAAGGAAAUGUGCAUUCUUAAGGAACUCUGGGAUAUGAUCUCCAUCGUGCUGUCUAGCAUGAAUGAAUGGGAAGCUACAAAAUGGAUCGAUAUUAAUGUUGAAAACAUGGAACUGGAAUGCAAAAAGUUUUCCAAAAGCAUCCGGAACUUGGAUAAAGAAAUGAGAGCUUGGGAUGCUUUCUCAGGGUUGGACAACAAGGUGAAAAACAUCCUGACCUCCUUGAGGGCAGUGUCAGAACUGCAAAAUCCUGCCAUCCGGGAGAGGCAUUGGAAUCAACUGAUGCAAGCCACAGGCGUGUUCUUCACAAUGGAUGUAGACACCACCUUGGCAGACCUGCUCAAACUCAACUUGCAUAAUUUUGAAGAUGAAGUUCGGAGCAUCGUUGACAAAGCCAUGAAAGAAAUGAGCAUGGAGAAAGUUGUGAAAGAACUGAAAACAACCUGGGCUAGUAUGGAGUUUCAGUAUGAACCUCAUCCACGCACAAAUGUCCCGUUGUUGAAAUCUGAUGAAGAGCUCAUUGAGACACUUGAAGACAACCAGGUGCAGUUGCAAAACUUAAUGACAUCCAAAUACAUUGCUUUUUUCUUAGAGGAAGUGUCUUCUUGGCAGAGGAAGCUGUCUACGGCAGACUCGGUCAUUUCCAUCUGGUUUGAAGUUCAACGGAGCUGGUCUCACCUAGAAAGCAUAUUCAUUGGGUCAGAAGAUAUCCGGGCGCAACUUCCUGAGGAUUCCAAACGUUUUGAGGGAAUUGAUGUUGACUUUAAAGAACUGGCUUAUGAUGCUGAGAAAACCCCAAAUGUAAUAGAGGCAACUAAGAAGCCACAGCUAUAUGAGCAACUAGAAGAUAUUCAAAACAGAUUGUCUUUGUGUGAAAAAGCUUUGGCUGAAUAUUUAGACACCAAACGAUUGGCCUUUCCUAGGUUUUACUUUAUUUCCUCUGCUGAUUUACUCGAUAUUCUUUCAAAUGGCACCAAUCCACAGCUGGUUCAGCGCCAUCUCUCAAAACUUUUUGAUAACAUGGCCAAAAUGAAGUUCGAUGUGGAUUCUGAGCAAAACCCAACCAAGCUGGGUUUAGGGAUGUACAGUAAAGAGGAAGAAUAUGUUGAUUUUAGUGAGCCAUGUGAUUGCAGUGGACAGGUGGAGUGCUGGCUGAACCAUCUGUUGGACCACAUGCGGGCUACUGUAAGGCAUGAGAUGACAGAGGCUGUGGUGGCUUAUGAGGAAAAGGCAAGGGAACAGUGGCUGUUUGACUAUCCUGCCCAGGUGGCACUGAGCUGUACACAAAUCUGGUGGACCACAGAGGUUGGGAUUGCCUUUGCCAGGCUGGAGGAAGGCUAUGAAAAUGCCAUGAAGGACUGUUAUAAGAAACAGGUGACGCAGCUCAACACCUUGAUCACAAUGCUCAUUGGACACCUCUCUAAGGGCGACAGGCAGAAGAUCAUGACAAUCUGCACCAUUGACGUGCACGCUCGGGAUGUGGUGGCAAAGAUGAUUGCCCAAAAGGUGGACAAUGCACAGGUUUUUCUUUGGCUAUCACAACUCCGACACAGGUGGGCAGAAGAAGAGAAGCACUGUUACGCAAAUAUUUGUGAUGCCCAGUUUCUAUAUUCUUAUGAAUACCUUGGGAACACGCCACGGCUAGUUAUCACUCCUCUAACAGACAGAUGUUAUAUCACUCUCACGCAAUCAUUGCACCUAACAAUGAGUGGGGCACCUGCAGGGCCAGCUGGUACCGGGAAAACUGAGACCACCAAAGACCUGGGCCGAGCUCUUGGCAUCAUGGUAUAUGUGUUCAACUGUUCAGAGCAAAUGGACUAUAAGUCUUGUGGGAACAUUUAUAAAGGUCUUUCCCAGACGGGGGCAUGGGGCUGUUUUGAUGAGUUUAACAGAAUCUCCGUUGAGGUUCUCUCAGUUGUGGCUGUACAGGUGAAAAGCAUACAGGAUGCUAUAAGAGACAAAAAGCAGAACUUCAAUUUCCUUGGAGAAGACAUUAAAUUAGUUCCUUCUGUCGGUAUAUUCAUAACUAUGAAUCCAGGCUACGCAGGACGUACGGAACUGCCAGAGAAUUUGAAGGCUCUUUUUAGACCCUGUGCAAUGGUUGUGCCAGAUUUUGAGCUGAUCUGUGAAAUUAUGUUGGUGGCUGAAGGAUUUAUUGAAGCCCGGUUAUUAGCUCGGAAAUUCAUUACCCUUUAUCAGUUGUGCAAAGAACUUCUUUCUAAGCAGGAUCAUUAUGACUGGGGAUUACGUGCAAUCAAAUCAGUUUUGGUUGUAGCUGGGUCCCUCAAGAGAGGAGACCCAGACCGUCCUGAAGAUCAGGUGCUGAUGCGCUCUCUCCGGGACUUUAACAUUCCAAAGAUUGUGACAGAUGACAUGCCAGUAUUCAUGGGUCUGAUUGGAGACCUAUUUCCUGCUUUGGAUGUCCCAAGAAAACGAGAUCUCAAUUUUGAAUCCUUUGUAAAACAAGCUGUACUGGAACUCAAACUUCAACCGGAGGACAACUUUGUCCUCAAAGUAGUACAGCUUGAAGAGCUCCUUGCUGUUCGACACUCUGUCUUUGUAGUGGGCAAUGCAGGCACAGGCAAGUCACAAGUGCUAAAAUCUCUGAACAAGACUUACCAUAUCAUGAAGCGGCGACCUGUUUGGACAGACCUCAAUCCAAAAGCGGUGACCAACGAUGAACUCUUUGGCAUCAUCAAUCCAUCUACAAGAGAAUGGAAAGAUGGAUUGUUCUCAUCGAUUAUGCGAGAUUUAGCCAACAUUACACAUGAUGGCCCCAAAUGGAUUGUGUUGGAUGGUGAUAUUGAUCCAAUGUGGAUUGAAUCUCUCAAUACUGUGAUGGAUGACAAUAAGGUAUUAACACUAGCAAGCAAUGAACGGAUUCCACUCAAUCCCACCAUGAGGCUUCUGUUUGAGAUCAGUCACCUGCGGACUGCCACUCCAGCCACUGUGUCUCGAGCAGGGAUCCUUUAUAUCAACCCAGCUGAUCUGGGCUGGAAUCCUCCAGUGAGUAGCUGGAUUGACAGAAGAGAAACUCAGUCAGAACGAGCUAACCUGACCAUUUUGUUUGACAAGUAUUUGCCAGUUUGUCUGGAUACACUUCGAACCAGAUUUAAGAAGAUUAUUCCCAUUCCUGAGCAGAACAUGGUUCAGAUGUUGUGUUAUCUCCUUGAAUGCCUUCUCACCAAGGAGAAUACCCCUCCAGAUUGCCCUAAAGAUCUCUAUGAACUUUAUUUUGUCUUUGCUGCUGUUUGGGCCUUCGGUGGUGCUCUGUUCCAAGACCAGCUUGUAGACUAUAGAGUUGAAUUCAGUAAAUGGUGGGUGACUGAAUUCAAGACCAUCAAGUUUCCUUCCCAAGGAACAGUUUUUGACUUUUAUAUUGAUUCAGAAACAAAAAAAAUUGAACCUUGGUCCAAGCUGAUCCCCAAAUUUGAAUUUGACCGAGAAAUACCAUUACAGGCCUGUCUGGUUCAUACCAAUGAAACUAUCCGGCUGCGCUAUUUCAUGGAUCAUCUCUUGGAGAGACACAGACCUGUCAUGCUGGUGGGAAAUGCAGGCACGGGAAAGUCUGUGAUUGUCGGAGAUAAGCUGUCUUUCCUGGAUUCCGAGCAGUACCUGGUGAAGAAUGUUCCUUUUAAUUACUAUACCACCUCUGCCAUGUUGCAAGCUGUUCUUGAGAAGCCACUGGAAAAAAAGGCUGGAAGGAAUUAUGGUCCUCCUGGAACAAAGAAACUCAUCUACUUCAUUGAUGAUAUGAAUAUGCCUGAAGUUGAUACCUAUGGAACAGUGCAGCCUCAUACGCUGAUCCGGCAACAUCUAGACUAUGGGCACUGGUAUGACAGAAACAAGCUGUCCCUGAAGGAAAUCACGAAUGUGCAGUACGUGUCAUGCAUGAAUCCCACUGCAGGCAGCUUUACUAUCAACCCACGUUUGCAGCGCCACUUCUGUGUGUUUGCUCUCUCAUUUCCUGGGGCAGAUGCUCUUUCCACCAUUUACACUACCAUCCUAACUCAGCAUCUAAAAUGGGGGAACUUCUCUGCAGCUUUACAGAAGUCAUCUCAGCAGUUAAUACAUCUGGCUCUCGCUCUGCACCUGAAAAUAGCAGCCACAUUCCUCCCAACAGCUAUUAAAUUUCACUACAACUUCAAUCUUAGGGAUUUCUCCAACGUCUUCCAAGGUAUUCUGUUUUCAACUCCUGAAUGUUUGAAGACUCCUCAGGAUUUGGUAAAGCUAUAUUUACAUGAAUCCAGUCGUGUUUACCGUGACAAGAUGGUUGAUGACAAGGAUUUGAUUGUUUUUGAUAAAAUGCAAGCAGAAGCAGUGAAGAAGUUCUAUGAUGACAUAGAGGAAACUUUGGAACAGACCAAGAAGAUGAAUAUCUACUGCCAUUUUGCAAAAGGGGUAGGGGAACCCAAAUACAUGCCUGUCCAGAAUUGGGAAUCAUUGAGCCAGAUUCUUGUGGAAGCUUUGGAGAACCACAAUGAAAUUAAUGCUGCCAUGAACCUGGUGCUGUUUGAAGAUGCCAUGAGCCACAUUUGCAGAAUCAACCGUAUCCUGGAAUCUCCCAGAGGGAAUGCUCUGCUAGUGGGUGUUGGCGGAAGCGGCAAGCAGAGUCUGACAAGAUUGGCAGCUUUCAUUAGUUCUCUGGAGAUUUUCCAAAUCACCUUGAGGAAAGGCUAUGGGAUUCCUGAUCUGAAGGCUGACUUAGCAGCACAAUGUAUUACAGCAGGAAUGAAGAAUGUGGGCACUGUCUUUCUUCUGACUGAUACUCAGCUAGCUGACGAGAGAUUCUUAGUUCUGGUAAAUGACUUGCUAGCUUCAGGAGAAAUUCCUGAUCUUUUUCCUGAUGAAGAAGUAGAAAAUAUCAUAAGUAAUAUGAGGAAUGAGGUAAAAACUCAUGGUCUGAUGGAUACGAGGGAGGCCUGUUGGAAAUUCUUCAUUGAUCGAGUUAGACGACAACUCAAGGUGGCACUUUGCUUUUCUCCAGUGGGGAACAAACUGAGAGUUCGUAGCCGGAAGUUCCCAGCCAUUGUCAACUGUACAGCAAUUGACUGGUUCCAUGAGUGGCCUCAGGAAGCUCUGGAGUCAGUCAGCCUGCGCUUCUUGCAAGGGACAGAAGGAAUUGAGCCUCCUGUGAAAGAAUCUAUCAGCAAGUUCAUGGCUUAUGUUCAUACCAGUGUUAAUGAGAUGUCUUAUUCUUACCUGACUAAUGAACGUCGUUAUAAUUACACCACCCCCAAGUCGUUCUUGGAGCAAAUCAAACUGUAUCAGAAUUUGCUGCUUAAAAAGAGAAAAGAACUAACAGCAAAGAUGGAGCGACUAGAAAAUGGCCUACAGAAGCUCAGCAGCACAUCAGCACAGGUAGAUGAUCUGAAGGCCAAACUGGCAGCUCAGGAGGUGGAGCUGAAGCAAAAGAACGAAGAUGCUGACCAGCUGAUUCAGGUGGUGGGCACAGAGACAGAGAAAGUCAGUAAGGAGAAGGCCAUUGCUGAUGAGGAGGAGCAGAAGGUGGCCUUGAUUACCGAGGAGGUCCAGCAGAAACAGAAGGACUGUGAGAAAGAUUUGGCACAAGCUGAACCUGCCCUUGCUGCUGCCCAGCAAGCCCUGAACACAUUGAAUAAGAUCAAUCUGACAGAACUGAAGUCAUUUGGAUCGCCACCAUCUGCUGUCAGCAAUGUUACUGCAGCUGUGAUGGUACUCAUGAGUUCAGGUGGUAAGGUUCCCAAGGACAGAAGCUGGAAAGCAGCUAAGAUGGCUAUGGCCAAGGUUGACGGCUUCCUAGACUCCUUGAUUCACUUCAACAAAGAGAAUAUACAUGAGAACAGCCUCCGAGCCUUGCAACCUUAUCUUCAGGAUACAACCUUCAACCCAGAACUGGUGGCAUCAAAGUCCUAUGCAGCUGCUGGGCUCUGCUCCUGGGUCAUCAACAUUGUGCGCUUUUACAAUGUAUACUGUGAUGUCGAGCCCAAGCGUCAGGCUCUCAACAAAGCCAAUGUUGAGCUUGCUAAUGCCCAGGAAAAGCUGGCUAACAUCAAGGCCAAAAUUGCAGUUGCAAUUCCUGUCACUUCCUCUUUGGACCCUCUGAAGAUGCUCACUGAUGAUGCUGACAUAGCAGCUUGGCAAAAUGAAGGUCUACCGGCUGACCGCAUGUCUGCUGAAAAUGCUACCAUUCUCACCAACUGUGAGCGCUGGCCACUCAUGGUUGACCCCCAGCUUCAGGGCAUCAAAUGGAUAAAAGCCAAGCAUGGAGAAGACCUCAGAGUGACUCGGAUUGGCCAGAAGGGGUAUCUGGACAUUGUGGAACAAGCUCUUGCUGCUGGGGAAGUUGUUCUGAUUGAGAAUUUGGAAGAAUCCGUCGAUCCAGUGUUAGGUCCAUUGCUGGGUCGAGAGACAAUAAAAAAAGGAAGGUAUCUGGACAUUGUGGAACAAGCUCUUGCUGCUGGGGAAGUUGUUCUGAUUGAGAAUUUGGAAGAAUCCGUCGAUCCAGUGUUAGGUCCAUUGCUGGGUCGAGAGACAAUAAAAAAAGGAAGGUAUCUGGACAUUGUGGAACAAGCUCUUGCUGCUGGGGAAGUUGUUCUGAUUGAGAAUUUGGAAGAAUCCGUCGAUCCAGUGUUAGGUCCAUUGCUGGGUCGAGAGACAAUAAAAAAAGGAAGCCUCUGA